AUGUUACAAAAUCUGAAGGACUAACAUAUUCCUAUGUGUGGAAUCUUCUGUCUAUUUCCGCCAUCUUUCUAACACCGGGAAUGUCAACAACAAAACAUGGCCGGCCAAUUAACGGAUAACCAAUUAGCAGAGUUCAAAGAUACAUUCAAGCUAUUUGACAAAGAUGGAGAUGGUACAAUUGAUUCUAAAGACAUUGGGAUUCUAAUAAGGUCCCUUGGGGCAGCUCCAACGCAGGCCCAGCUCAAAGACAUGAUGAAGGACGUGGAUCCGACAGGACAUGGCACAGUGGAUUUUCAGGAUUUUCUGGAAUGUAUGAUCCGCUUUCUUCCUGACGGACAUGAUGAAGAGGAGGAAAUACUCAAUGCAUUCCAGACGUUUGAUAAAGGAAACAACGGCUUGAUCAGUGCAGCAGAAAUUCGCCAUGCUCUUGUCAACUUGGAGGAGAAACUGACGGACGAAGAAGUGGACGAGUUGAUACGAGAAGCCGAUCCAGAUGGAGAUGGCUAUAUAAGAUAUAGUGAGUUCGUCAAGGUGCUGGCUGACGUUUGAAGUGUACAAUACAGCUUACCCAUAAUCAUUGAUUCUGUAUCAAAUUCACUGAAGAUAAGAGGCACUUCAUGUUGUUCAAAGAGACCAUCCGAAAUUUUGUCAUAAUAAUAAAAUGCACAUAUAUACGUAUAGUUAGAACUACGCAUAAUUAAAUGUGGUCAAUGUUAAAAAAA